CGCCGUCACGCGCCAUCACGAUCACACGUAGUUACGGUUAACUCGCUGCCACUCGCAUGCGACGCGCGCGUUUCGAACGUAGUGCACGACCGGUUCGCCACAGCCGAUGAGCGCAACCAGUGACAUCUCAAUACUUGUGCCGUGGGACUUGCAGUGAAUCGCUCAGUAAAUAGACAUGUGCGUGUAAUGGAUUGCUGCGGGGUUUCCUUGCUGUGUGCUGCCGACCGCCGGGCCUAGGCCGACGCGGUCGCUGUGUAUGCCCAGGCGCCGCUAGACGCGCCAGCAUGCGCGCCCCCGCGGUGCUCAUCGCCCUGCUAGGGUUUCUGCCCCAGGUGCUGUCUUCUGGUUCCUUCGAGCUUAGAAUAAAAAGUUUUACGAACUCUUUGGGUAGGUUACAUAGUGGACAGUGCUGUGAUGGUUCCUCAAAUAUGCUCCGCGAUGCACCAUGCUUAUCGCCAUGCAGGACUAAAUUCCGCGUUUGCCUCAAGAUCUAUCAAGCUAAUAUCGAUACCACGUCACCGUGCACCUUCGGUGAUAUCACCACACCAGUUCUCGGUGGGAACUCGUUGGAUGUCCCUAACCUUAACGUCGAAGGAUUCAGCAAUCCCAUCGUGUUUCCCUUCGACUUUACAUGGCCGGGCACUUUCUCGCUUAUUGUUGAAGCUUGGCACAAUACGACGGAAACAUCAAGAUCAGAUGACACCCUAAUCGCGCGGAUGACGAAGCAAAGCAUAGCGGAUGUCGGAGGACCUUGGGUCGAAGAAGAACAACGGUGGGGAGGCGCAGCUGGGGCUCACCUCAAGCUGUCGUAUCGGGUAACAUGCGCGGCGCACUACUAUGGCGCCGGCUGCGAAGUGCUGUGCAGACCAAGAGACGACCAGUUCGGUCACUACACCUGCUCCCCCGCAGGAGAGAUCGUCUGCAAGCACGGCUGGACAGGGGACUACUGCUCGAAGCCGCGAUGCCUGCCCGGGUGCGACGCGGAGCACGGCCACUGCCUCAAGCCCGACGAAUGCAUUUGUCAUUCUGGUUGGGUGGGCGAACUCUGCGAUCAAUGCGAGCGACAUCCGGGCUGCGUACACGGAACUUGUUCCAAACCUUGGGAUUGCAUAUGUGAGGAAGGUUGGGGCGGUCUCUUCUGCAACCAAGACUUGAAUUAUUGCACAAACCAUCGCCCGUGCAGAAACGGCGGCACUUGUCACAACACCGGCCAAGGAAGCUAUACUUGUGUUUGCCCUCCAGAGUACACUGGGCCAGAUUGUGAAAAGUCCCUUCAUUCUUGCGCAGUUCGUCCUUGUCUAAACGGCGGAGCAUGUGUUCCGGAUGAAGGCGGAGAACUUUCCUGCGCUUGUCCUUCGGGAUACGAAGGGUCGAGAUGUGAAACCCGAAGACUGACAUGUGUCGACCACCCGUGCCGGAACGGCGGGACUUGUGAACCCCGACUUACUGGCUACGUUUGCGUUUGCCCGUCAGGCUACACUGGUGCUGAUUGUGGUGUGGAAGCUGAUCCGUGCGCAGCCAAUCCUUGCCGAAAUGGAGCAACUUGUACCAGAGCUGGAGACGGAUUUAAAUGUUCCUGCAAAGCCGGUUUUAGAGGUAACCGCUGUGAAAUUGAUAUAGACGACUGUGCGGGAAUAAUUUGUGAACAUGGUGGUACUUGCGUCGAUUUAGUCAACGGCCAACGAUGCCAAUGCGCUCCAGGUUUCCUGGGCCAACGAUGUGAAACACGUGUCGAUCUCUGCAUAGCCAAGCCAUGUGCAAAUGGCGGUGAGUGUUUUAUUUUGGACAACGACUACGAAUGUCGCUGUCGUCCUGGAUUUGCAGGCAAAGACUGUAGUAUCGACAUCGACGAGUGUGCUUCUUCGCCUUGCAGAAACAGUGGCACCUGUAGAGAUAGAGUGGAUGGAUAUCAUUGCAACUGCGCUCCCGGUUGGGGAGGCAAAUCUUGCACGGUUUCUUUAGCAGACAUAGUAACCGCGAGGCCGGCUGGAGGACACUUAAGAAGAGUUGGCGACGACUCACCAGAUGAUGAGAACUUGUCAGGAAGUCACGUGGCCCUGAUCGCUGCGUUAUCUGCAGCAGUACCUGCCGCGGCUUUGGCUGCGGCUGUAGCAGUCGCUUGUGUACGAAGAAGAAGAAAACGUGCACAAAGUGCAGCCGAUGCCGAAGCGCGCGCGCAGAAUGCAGCCAACGCUGGGAAUGGUGGUCGGGUCAUACGGAACACUUGGGGAAAAUGCGAAGCGCCGGUGCCAGAGUGCCAAAAUGCGCACAACGCAGCGGCUGAAGAAUGUAAAAGAAAAACCUUGAAUACAGAAAGCGCUGCAAGACUUCUGGCAGCUUUAGAUCCUAGACUGUCACGGCUCUCCGCGGACUCAGCGUGUUGGGCUAACAGUGACACGUCACUAGUUAAACGAGCGCUGGAAGGCGGUGGAGUGUACGUGUUAGAUGAUCAUUGUCUGCCACCGACGUUUGCCACGCAGGUUUAGUGUUUACAAACGCGGCAAUGGACUAAAAUAACUUAUUUAUUCACUUCGGACGCUCGUGCGAAACUGGCUGUGCGCCGCGUGUAAAUAUAACGUUAAAUGUAAAGUGAACCCCUUGUAUAGAUGGCUAGUAAUAAGAAUUCGGAUGUAUUUAUUUGAAGUUGCGAUUCGUACGCCCUGUAAAUAGUAAUGGCGGAACGGAUUGCGUUUUCCGCCCCCGAUUGGCAAGCGUCGCCCGGUGUGUCACUGCCAAAUUGAGGCAGAUUUUGCUGCCCUCUUAAUCGGCCGAUCUCAUUUCUACAUUACAAAUGUAUAUCGGUGCAGUAUGCGAGGAUAGAGGGUGAAGACCGCGUUUGCCGUGGGGCCGGGUGGACCGCGGUCCACGUCUGCGAUCUCUGUAGGUAAGGUGCGAAAGCAGCGCGCACGCGGUGUCGGUCCACUGCGGGGCGCCGCCUGCCUCGUAGAAACGAUACUGAUUCGACGUACUUAUUCUACAUAAUGUAUACUCCAUAUUUAAUUUAUGCUUCGCAACAUUACUUUUAUUUUUAUUCGUUUUAACGAGUUUAUCGCAAACAUCUAACGGACAUGAAAUGUGUCAACUUUAUACUUCUACAUAAUGUUCCAGCCCAGUAUCGCUUCUAUGAACCUUUCACACCACUAACUGUCCCUCUUUAAGACUCGCACCAGUAUAAAAGCCAAACCGUGCAUAAAAUAAGAUUUUAGACUAAUUUAUAAAAAUAACGCUAUCAACGCGUUUAUCAGUCUUACAUUGAUCGUAUUUUUUGUGAUUGACUAUUUUUAAUAUUGUUCCUAUGAUUAAUUCAAAGUUAGUGAGUUCCCGUAUCAGAAAUCUUGUUCAGUUUUUUCGUAAAAAUCGACAAAGAUUUUCUUAUUCUUUGCUUCCGUACUUGAAAGGUACAGUUCGCACAGUUCCUGGAUGUUAGGGUGCAAUUUCCCCAGCCUCUGCGUCUCUCGCGCGCUCAUACCUUCGUACUGCGCAUGUGCACACAGAGGCUUGGGAAAUUCCGCUCAGGCAAAGUAUCAUCACGCACGAUAUUAGUUCAUAGGUUAAAGUAACUUGAACGUACUUAUAAGAAACAAAAUGUCGAAACCUAAGUCAUUGUGUAUAAAAAGUUAUUAAGUUUUAGAUGUUAAGUAUAUUCUCCAUUACUAUUGUAAGAGUAUUGUGACAAUAUGAAAGCAACAUUAGGCAACAUAGGACACGUUGUCACAGAUUGUUUUAAUUUAUUUAUUUUAGCAGUAACAUGUUCGUUUUAGACUAUUCGGUAAAGCACAUAUUCUAUAGCGAAUUUGUGCCUUAUUGAUAAGCAACAUGCGUAAUUUUCAAGGAAAAUGUUAAAUAAACUACCAUUAUUACAAAAGAUUGUGUAGAUAUUAAAUUAAUAAGUCUUAGGAAUUUUCUCUUAUGUUGCCUCUUGUACUAAAUCGUAGAUUAUAAAGGUUAAAUCGACAAAAUUGUAAAAUUUAUAUCAAACUAUGAAUAGACUGAUGAUCAAUAAUAAUGUUCUUGUAUUUAAUUUUGUAAGAUGACAAAAUGUAAGUUAAAUUAUGUAAAAAUAGAUACAAAUUGAUGAUCCAAAUCUGAACCACGUGAAACUCCAUCAUUUUGUACUUAAUUGGUUGAAGCGGUUUAAUAACUUUCAUUUUUCUUUUUUUAAAUGAUCUUUGAUUCUUAAUUUAUUUAUUGCAACGGUGUGCACCAUAGUAAUUAUUUUUGUUUACUAUUUAUAUUGACAAAUAAUUCUCUAAUUUUAUUUUACUAUGUUUACUAUUAAAUGAAACGAAAUUAACUUAUCCUGAAUUUGUUGUAAAAUUAAUCCUGAAUAAAAUUCCAUCAUAAAAUAUAAAUACCUAAUUUUUGUGAGUAUACU